UUAAGCUACAACUGCAGGGAUUAAAUGGAAGCACAUGAUGAUUCAACCCCGUGAUUUCUCCGAGAGCCGGCUCAUGUACCCAGUCAUUUCCUCUCCUUUUCUUGUCUUUUGCUCCUUUCCCCUGACACCGUAGCCCACUUCUUUCUUACUCCCUUUGUGCUCUCCCCUCUUCCCCCGGCCCCGCUGCGUCAUGGCAUCCCCCCGGCUGGAGACUUUCUGCUGUCCGAACCGAGACGCAGCGACGGAGUUUGUGGUCACCUUCCAGCCCGUCCUGUUCGGGGCGUUAGGUCUGGGGAGCGCCACUCUCAGCCUCGUGUUUGCUGUUAUACAAAUUCUACCGAAGCGUAAAGGAUACAGAAGACUCGGGCAGUAUCCGCUGCCGAGGCCCGCGUCUUCCUCACGGAUAUUGUUCAUCAUCAGUAUUUGUGACAUACUGGGAUGUACAGGUAUCAUUGUAAGGUCAUCCGUGUGGCUAAGCCUGCCGAACAUCAUGGACCGCGUCUCAGUGGCCAACAGCACUGAUGCUUGGCCGGAGGUCUUCUGUGUUGGCAGUGCGAUGUGGAUCCAGUUGUUUUUCAGUGCUUCUUUUUGGUGGACCUUUUGUUAUGCGGUCGACGUCUUUCUGGUGGUGAAGACAUCUGCAGGAAUCAGCACCAUUAUCCUCUACCACAUGAUUACAUGGGGUCUGGCUGUGCUGUUGUGCGUCGAAGGAGUGGCCAUGCUCUACUAUCCAUCCAUCUCUGACUGUGAGCAAGGCCUCCAGCACGCCAUCCCGCACUAUGUCACCACGUAUGCACCGAUGCUGCUUGUCCUCGUAGCCAACCCUGUCUUCUUUAACCGGACCAUCUCUGCAGUGACGUCUUUGCUAAAAGGACGACAAGGAAUCUACACAGAGAACGAGAGACGGCUGGCCAACGAGAUAAAAAUACGCUUCUUUAAAAUAAUGCUGGUGUUCUUCAUUUGCUGGGUGCCCAACAUCAUCAAUGAGAGCCUCCUCUUCUACCUGGAGAUGCAGACGGACAUCAACGACAAUGGUUUCAGGAACAUCAGAAACGCCGCCCUCAUCACAUGGUUUAUCAUGGGUAUCCUGAACCCCAUGCAAGCUUUCCUCAACACCCUGGCCUUUCACGGCUGGACGGGCUUCGAUGUCGACUUCAGACUGCAGCGGCGGAGAGAGCUGGCCUGGGACUCGGUUUCUACUUCAGCGCCUAACGCAGCCGGCCAUAAUUCCACAGUUGGGACUACUCUGCUCUACCAGAGUCAUGUCCAGGAUGCCAAGAAGAGCAUGAUGGGGAACGGGCAGCACCACUCUGACGCCAUCAGCGUCCUAUCAGAAGGUUCAGAGUCUAGUACAGUUGAAAUCCACAUUUCCAGCGAGCUACGAGACUAUGAGGAUGUAGACGCUGACGGAGAAUCCUUGGAGAACUCUGUGAGGCACUAGCUGGGUGAUCAACAACCCGCCUCCCUCGGCUUUUCCCUGUGUGACAUUGUUCUUUUAGUUACUUUUGUUUUUUAGAUUGUCUCCUCUUAGCCUCUUUUAUCCGGUUGAGAUUUUUCCCCAGAUAUUUUCUGGUCACGAGAUGUCAUUAGUUGGUACAACAAAAAUGAGUCUGAUUCUUGAUUCUAAGCUUUUUAUUCCUUCCCUAAGCUUUUUAAAUCUGCCUGCAGUACAGUGCAGUGGAACCAUGAACUGUACAGCUGAACAAUCCCGAAGCUACUGCACUGUCGUCAGUCAACAGAGUAAACAUGACAUUUUUGUAUUAAAACCUCACAGGCUGACCUUUACGUGUGUCUUAAGUGCCUUAGGAAAAAAAAUUCUCCUGGCAUAUUCACUGAAUUAGAUGCACGCUGGUUUAGUGAUGUGCACAGAAUGGAAUAAGCUACUUAGUGUUGUUGUUUUUUUUACUGUAUUUGUAGUUGUCCAUCUUGUAU